AUGGCGAUUUGCAAGUUCCUGAUGAUGUUCCUGUUCGUUGCGGCUGUGACAGCCAGGCCGCUGGAUGAGCCUCACGCCGCGUCCCGCCGGCGGCUGCAAGACGCUGCCACACUUCCUACACUGCCCACGGUUGUGGCCGCUGUUGCCGCCCCACCAAAGGGCAAGACAGCGGCGGCGCCUGUCCUCGUUGUGCCCGAUGUGCUCACGCUUUUCUUCAACAAGUUUGGCCAGCCGCUCAAGUCCCCCAUUGUGAAGAUGGGCUUCAGCACUCCCGCCGCGUCUCCCGCCAAGGCCGCCCCCGCUGCAGCCCCCGCCAAGGCACCUGAGGCGCCCCCGGCUGCGGCCCCCGCCAAGGCACCUGAGGCGCCCCCGGCUGCGGCCCCUGCCAAGGCACCCGAGGAUUCUGCCAAGGCGCCUGCCGCCGAGGCAGAGGCUGCGGAGUCUGCUAAUGUCAUGGGUGCCGGGUUCGUCCCGCUGACUGCGGAGGCGCCCAAGGCGGCGGAGGAGGAGAGUGAGCCCGUGGAGGUGCCCGAGUUCCAGGCUGCCAACACCGACAUCACCCUCGACUGA